UUCCCAGUAAGCCUUGCGGGGAGAAGGACCGCUUCAGCUUGGAGGAGCCAGUCGGCGGGAAAGGAUGGCAGCGGAGCUGCGGAGCAUGGAAGCGUUCGUCAGGGCUCUUUUCCAGGAAAAGCCCGAUCUCAGCACCCUCACAAAUGCUAUAGUCCGGAAGAAAUAUCUCCUCCAUGCCGGGCAGAAGAAUAUGGCUAAAGAGCAAAAGGAGCAACUCAGGCAGCUGGUGGAUCAAGAGUUGCACCGUCUGGAGGUGCAGGAGGGGGAGUCCGCAAAUGCCGUAGUGUUCAUGGCAGAAUUCAAGACUCACAUCAACUCCACAAGCCAGAAGCGACCUCGCUGCAACUCUCAUACCUCUGGCGAGGAGUUAGAAAUCCAAGAGCUCAAGAAGCAGCGAACUGGAAGCAUACUAAAAGUCAGUUCUGAUGAUGAAGAUUCUGGGAUUGAUUCCAAGAAGAUACCACUCCUUUGUGGCCCUAAGCAUGUUGGAGAUUGGAAAUCUAGCUCCUCCGACCAACGAGAUUCCGGAGCAGAAGGGCAGGCUGGUGGAUCUGAGAGCGAUGGACAAAGUGCAAAGAAGAGAAGGAUGGAACAACCCCAGAGGGGGAAAGGUAGCAAACCAACCAGGGAGCAGCAGAGCAGGAGACAGAGAGAACAAUCAGGGAGUGAGUCGAAGGAGACAACAGAAGUGGAACAGAGUGACCCUGAAGAGAUCAGGAAACAGAAGGCAGCAAAAGGUCAAAGAAUCAAAUCAGAGAGUGACUCUGAACAAGAGCUGAGCAACUACAAGCCCCAGAAAAAGAAAGGGUUUGGCAAACAACAGAAGCGGUCUGAGACAGUGGGCAAAGGAAAGAACAGAAAUAUGGAUGAGCAAAGGAUAAAAAAGGAAGAAGAGUUGGAAGAGGACAUGGAGCUGCCCAAGGCAGGAAAAAUGUGCAAGGGGGGAAGAAUUGAUGGGAGUGAGAGUGAAGAUGAGAUGGGCAGUGGCGGCAAAAAGGCUCAGAACAGGCCAAGACGAAGACAUUUGAAGGCUCAAGAGGAGAGUGAGAGUGAGGAAGAAUCAGAGAGCAAUUCAGAGGAUGAGCUGCCCAGCAGGCAAAACAAGAUGAGAAAUAGUAAACGAAGCAGGGAAAGUGAGAAAUGGAGCCAUAACUCAGAAAGCGAUUCUGAAGAUGAUGGGGAGUUCAAGAGGCAGGCCAGCAAAGGAAUGGAAAAGACACAGAAGAGGAAGGAACUGGAGGAGAUAAAGCAGGGAAAGCAUAAGCCUCCCAAGCGAAGCACAAGCAGGGAAGAAUUGGAAAGCGAGACAAAUGAGUGCAAGAGCUCAGAGCGAAAAAGAAAAGGGACCAAGAAGCCCAGCAGUAGUGAAGAUGAAUCGUGCAGUGAGACAGAGGAGAUGGAAAGGGGCAAAAGCAAAUCCAAGGUGUCUGGGAGCAGUGACGAAUCAGAGAAUGGGUCAGAAGAGUGGGAAAGUGGGAAGUGGAGAAAGGAAAGUGAGCUUAAAAAGAAGGGCAAGAGUGUGUCUGGGAGUGAACAUAGCUCAGAGGAAGAGUCACUGAGAAAGAAAGGAGAGAAGUCCCAGAGAAAGCGUACCAUCGCUGAAAAAGAUCUGGAGACGGAUUCAGAGGACAGUGGAAGUGAAUUGGUGAGAAGGAAAAAAGGCCUGCCGAAGACGGGAAUGCAGAAGCCCCAAAGGAGGAGGGAAGCGAGUUCAAGCUCAGGAGAUGAAGAUGAGCCCCAUUCUUCCAAACGCAAAGGAAAGGACAAAGAGCAUCACUCCGGGAAGCAGGAGGAGCACUCUUCAAUCCGACGCCUGAAACGCUACAUCCGGGAGUGUGGUGCCCAUCGGAAUUACAAGAAGCUGCUUAGCGGUUGCCACUCCCGCAAAGCUCAGUUAAAGGUGCUCAAAGAGGAGCUGGAAAACCUCGGCCUGAAGGGGGCACCAUCUCUGGCCAAGUGCAAGGCCUUGAAGCAGAAGCGGGAAGUGGCCGCCGAAAUAGCUUCGCUUGAUCUCUGCAACAUCAUCACCACACAAGGCCGCCCAAGGCGUCAAAACGUCUGGAGUCUCUACAGCAAGCCUAAGCAGCUCAGCUCCCCAGAGGAUUCACCCGUGCACAGUCCUAUUAGGGACUGGUCCCACCUUAAAGGUGUCAUCAGUUCAGAUGGCGAAAGCGAUUGACUCCAGUGUUGGAGGGAAGCGUAGGCAUUUGUGGGUUGUUUGUUGCCCUAGUUUUGAGGGGAAACGCUAGUUGGUCUGACCCUGACAACCAAGAGAGGGCGUCGUGAUGUUUUUGGCCCAUUUCCCCCUGCUCAGCAUGCAUGACAAAACAAAGAAAAUAUUACUAUAUUUGUUGCUGUUUCUCCAUCACCAGCAUGAAUGUCUCUGCUGAGGGCAAAGGUUCAUCCCUUCCCAAAAAUAUUUGUACUCCUAAGGGAGAUGGGCAGAAAGAGAGACCAUCAGUUCCUUCAAAUAGCUGUAUUAUAGUUGAGGUAUGGUCACCUUCCCCUAUGACCCUUCUUUCCAACAGUAAACAAGAAUCCUAAACAAGAACACAUGCAAGAGUAUAUUGCAAAGGAGGGGAUGUGGGGCUUCAUUUCCCAUAUGGUCUGGUACCUUGCCUCUUUACAUAUUUUGUGGCGUUUCUCUUCCGUCUGGGCACCUCCUACGGUAAAUGAGAACGAAAUUGAUUCACUUGAUUGGAGGACAGAUGUGCCUUUGCAAUGUGGACCACAUUUAAUUAUGGAUGAUGUUCUGGAGAUUGUACAGCUAAAAUGUUUUAUAUUUGUUAAUAAAUAUUGGACUUUCUAAGUGAGA